AUGGUGGCAAUGGCAAUCCCAAGAACUUUCUCUGAAUGCUUUGAUUCACAUAAAGUAAAGCAAUAUUUUCAAUUUCAUGGCAUUGAUUUUUCAGAUGCUGGCCCUCCACGAUUUCCUUAUGUCGAAGCAGUUGAUGAGGUUCCAGAUGAAUAUUUUGAUGAUAUUUUUAAUCAAGCUUCACAAAUUUCCUUUGAAGGUGGACAAGAAGUGGGUAAUGACAACAUGGGAACAAUAGAAGUGCCUGUGUAUGGACAUAAUAUUGACAAUGAAGAUAGGAUAAAGGUACCUGUCAAUGUUGAUGAUGAAGAGGAUAGUGAAGAAGACUGUGACGUUGAUGGUAGGAGGAGAGUAAGAGAUCUUCAAGACAGUGGUGAUGAAUCAGAUAAAGAAAUAUAUGAAAGUGAUAAUGAUGCUGCCAUUGAUGACAACAACCUGUUUGAUGGAAAUAUGCAAUCCAGUUUUGGGAGAGUAGGAAAUACCUAUCUACCUAAGGAUUUUGUGGCUUUUGAUCAUGAAGAAGACUCGGAUACAAACUCAGAAAAAGCUUUCAACUCACCUAACCACUCUUCAGAUGAGGAUGGUGAAAUGAAGAGGAAGUAUCCAGAGUUCUGUAAGUCUGAUUUGAAUAAUCCCAAGCUUGAGAAAGGAAUGUUAUUUGGAAGCAAGGAGAUCUUGAAGACAGCUGUUAAGAAUUAUGCAGUGAUGGGAAAUUAUUCAAUAAAAUUUGUCAAAAAUGAUAAGAGGAGGAUCACUGCAAGAUGUACAAACUGCACUUGGAUGCUUCAUGCUUCAUAUAUGCAACUAGAGGAAACGUUGCAGAUCAAGACCUUUAUUGAUAAACACAUUUGCGUCCGAAAUCCUACUAACCCACAUGUCAAUUGUGUAUACAUAGCUCAAAAGUAUAUAGAUCGUAUCAUGGAUGAGCCUGAUAUUACGAUUAAAAAUCUUAAGAAGGCAGUGAAGAGGGACUUAGGAUAUAAUGUUUCAGAUAGCCAAUGUUCUAGAGCUAAGAGGAAAGCCAAAAAAAUAAUAGAAGGGACUUACAUGGAGCAAUACUCAAGGCUGUGGGAGUAUUGUGAUGAGGUGAAAGCAACAAAUGUGGGAAGCACAAUGAAGAUAAGGGUGGAGCCUCCUCCGCACUUGCAAAGACUUUAUGGUCCUUUUGCAGGUCAAUUACUUGUUGCAGUGGGUGUUGAUGCCAAUGAUAACAUGUACCCUAUUGCAUAUGCUGCUGUGGAGUUGGAAACUAAGGAGACAUGGAGCUGGUUUUUGGAGUUGCUAAUGGAUGAUCUUGGUCCUGUAGAAGACCAUGGAUGGAUAUUCAUAUCAGACCAACAAAAGGGGUUGGACAAAGCCUUUGAUAUUGUUGUGCCUCAAGCCCAACAUAGGUGGUGUGUUAGGCAUAUGUAUGGGAACUUCAAGGAAAAGUAUAAGGGCAAGGGUUUGAAAGAUCUUUUAUGGAGUGCAGCUAGGGCUCCCGAUUGCCAUGACUUUGAGGUUGAGAUGAAUAAGCUGAAAGAGAUGGAUGGUGAUGCUUAUAAUUGGUUGAUGGGGAAAGAUCUAAAUAAGUGGGCUAGACAUAGCUACAUCUUGGGUGCCCGAGAUAAACCUAUAUUGACCAUGCUAGAAAUGAUAAGGUGUAACCUAAUGAAAAGGUUAGAAGUGAAGAGGAUUGCUAUGGCAAAACAUGAGGGGGUCAUUUGCCCUAAAAUUCAAAAGAAAUUGGAGAAGAUAAAGAUGCAUUCGGCUAGGAAUUGUAUGCCAACAGCAGCUGGAGCAUUUGAAUAUCAAGUGGGAGAGUACUUACAUGAUCAACAUGUGGUAAAUAUAGCAUUGAAGACAUGCUCUUGUAUGAGAUGGGAUCUUAAUGGUAUCCCUUGCAUUCAUGCCGUUGCUGCCAUAUAUCUUUAUAGGGGUUGUCCAGAAGAUUAUGUAGCUUCAUGCUAUCUUAAGGACACUUAUUUGAAGGCUUAUGAGCCAAUGAUUCAUCCAGUGAAGGGCUUUAACAUGUGGCCAAAGUCAAAUCAAAUACAACUCUUACCUCCAAUUGUUAGAAAACAACCGGGGAGACCAAAAAGGAGUAGGAAAAAGGACCCUGAAAUGGAGAAGGUUGUUGAUACCAGUGGUACUAAACUCAAGAGAAAAGGCACUGUCACAUGUACCAAGUGUUGGAAAAAAGGCCACAACAAAAGGAAUUGCUCUAAUCAGCCCCAAGACCCUCCACCUGGAACCUAUAUUGAUAAAAGAUGGGGACUUCCAGCUUCUUUGAAGAAAAGGAGAAGUAAUGGUGCUACAGAUGUGGCCUCCUUUUCUCCUAUGCCAACUCAAGAGAAUGUGCACACCACUCUGAUGCAAAGACAAAAGCUUCCUAUUAGGAAGGGUUAUGUAAAUGCUCCAAAUGCACCAAGGCCAACUCCUCUUGUGCCCACUUCAAGACCAACUCCUCUUAUGCCCACUCCAAGACCAACUCCUCUAUUUAUACCCACUCCAAGGCCUAUUCCUAAUAUGCAAAUUGGAAGUUUAAGCUCUGUGAAUCAAAGACAAAUUGGCGGUGCAAGAUCAAUGAAUACAAGACCAACUCUUAAUAUGCAAAUGGGAGGUGCUAGUUCUGUGAAUCCAAGGCAUAUGGGAGUUAGCAUUAGGCCUCCACUAUCAAGGCAAAUGGGAGGUUCAAGUGCCCGAUGGAACCCACCAGGAAAAGCAACAAACAAUAAAAAUUCCAAGUGA